GUAACGUGCAAGGAUAGUUGUAUUCCAGCUAACCAUGGACAAGAUAUCGCGGACAACGGAAUUCAUGGAAUCAGCCUGGGAACCGCGUCCCAGCUGUUCCUGCCCAAAUCAUACAUCUGCGCGCUAUUUAGAUAGCAUAUAUCCACUUCCAGUUACCCAGAACGUCGACCUAUCGCGUCUCCAAUCGACCAACGAUGUACCACUUCCCAGUGAAGUUGAUGCGGUGAACGGUGUAAUUCUCGAUGCGGAGCAGCAGCUCGUGCAGAUACAACAGCAGAUCACACAGCUAACUCGUUCAAGGGAUGCCCUGAUGGACAAAUCACUCGAAUGAAUGCCCAGAUAUCCACGCUCACUCGGCGCUGCGAAGAAACUGAAACGCGAAUCCAAGAGCACAGGAAGCUUCUCAGCGCCGUCAGGUGGCUUCCAAUGGAGAUUCUCCGGGAAAUCUUCCUAGCGACAGUGGACUUUCCCCCACGGAUGUACCAGUCCAUGUAUAAGAUGUGGUUUCUUGACUCUUCCCCGAUGACAUCAUUAUGGGAUAUAGAACUUGUUUCCAAGGGGUGGCGCAGAGCGUUGUUAUCGUAUGCGAGGAUUUGGUCGCACGUCAUCAUACGAGAUGCGAGUCUUUUUGAUCGUGGAUACAGGGAAGUAAUACGUCUGGGCCGACAGCUGCAGCGUGCCCAAAACCACCCUCUAUCCAUUUUCAUUCAUCAGCCUCAAGACGGUGCUGUUGUUUCUUCGCAUCUCAUUGUGUCUUUAAUCCCCUUCGCUUCCAAGAUUCAAACAAUGCAUCUCAGUGUUUCCCAUGCCUCCGUCCCUCGUUUCCAUCCACUUAGCUCAUUUUUGGUCUCUCUUCACUCUCUAUCGAUCCUUUCCACUGAUAUUUCUGUAACUCCUCACUUGGUUUUCCCUAAUCCAUUCGAGAAUACCUUCCGCGACGCCGAAAAUUUACAACGUUUGGAGCUUCUGGAUGCCUACGCACGCAUUCACCAGCUAUCCAUUCCUUGGCGUGCCAUCAAGCAUCUCAAGAUUAUCAAUCGUCUUGAAGUGCAAUUUCAUCAUUACACGGCGUUCGAAGACAUCUUGGAGGUUUUGAACAUAGCGACAACUAUCGAAGACCUCGAGCUACAGAUAUCCCUCCUAUCCCCAGUCUCUCCAGGCAUAACCAGUCCUUCAACUGCACCAAGUCUUCGUUCUUUGAAGUUAUCCACGUCGAUCAAUCACUUUGGAAACUUCUCUGCACUCCUUGACAGAUUGGACAUGCCAUCAUUGAGUCAACUGGUCGUCGAGUGCGCCGACAGUACACACGGCCACACCAUGCCUAACCAAGAUAUCAUGAGAUCCUUUCUCGGAUUACUUGAGCGCUCCGAGUGCUUGCUGACCUCGCUCACACUAUACGAUGUUCGCAUGACAUCAUACGACAUGCGCAGUCUCUUUAUCCGACUGCCAACCCUCGAAGAACUGCACCUCGCAAAUGUGGGCAACGACACAAUCACCAACACGAUUCUUCGUAAGCCCACAGCCAUUGACAAGACCCCGCCAGCGUUUCCAAAACUGCAUACACUUCAUAUCAAUGGCGCAUGGGGAUUCGAACCGGCGAAUUUUAUUAAAAUGGUCAAGUCGAGGUGCGCAUCGGCAGAUGGCUAUGCUCAGUUAAGAUCUGUCAGUGUCGCGUGGAAGGCUGGCGUCCCGGACACCCUUGGUGACAUAGAGGAUCGAGCGCAUAUAGUUGCCUCUGAGCUUAAAGACUGUGAUACUGAUGGUUUGGAGCUCUCUUCUUUCGUAUAUUGGAGUAUCGGGUCGAGAUAGCGAGAUUGACAAGCUGUUUCAGCGCGAUCACCAUCUACGUACAGGCUACGAUAAUGUGUAGACAUCAUCAGCUUAUUCUUGCAGCGAUAAUGAAGGUGGAUGUGGGGCGCAUACGGUGCUUGACAUCGGAAAUCAGAUGGCUCGCGGUCCACCUUCUCAAUACGAGUCUUUACCCACUGGUCAACUUUUCCCGGCUGGAGAGACAACGUAAAGGACAACAACAAUAUAGAAAGCCACUAUCUUGCAUUCAAUGGU